UUAGUUUCCGUUUCCUGUUGCAAGAGCCGUUGCUGUUGUCCCUUGCUGCUACCCGUCCGUACUGUGCGAACUGCUCUCCUGCUCAGAAAUGGCUGAAGCUCCCCCACGGCCCUGCCGGUUUUUUUGUCACCGGUGUUCAGCAGAGAUUAGUCCGCGUUUACCGGACUACACGUGUCCACGCUGUGAAUCUGGUUUUAUUGAGGAACUGCCUGAAGAAAGAAGUGCUGAAAAUGGGUCUGCCUCUACUUCCUCUUCCAGUGAUCAGUUCCGCCCAGUCUUGGAGAACAUGGAUCACCAGCACUUAUUCACAUUUCCCCCGGGUUAUGGUCCGUUCGCCCUUGGGAUUUUUGAUGAAAACUUUGACCUUCGGUUGCGGCUACCCACAGAGGACAACCGAGAGACGGAAAACAGGAGAGAGCGGGAAAUGGCAUCGCGGCAAAGAUACGGUGCACGGCAACCACGGGGUCGGCAUGUUCCUCGGCGACAGGGUACGCGACACGAAGGAGUGCCCACAUUAGAGGGAAUUAUCCAGCAGCUAGUAAAUGGAAUUAUAGCACCUACAGCCAUGCCAAAUAUUGGGAUGGGACCUUGGGGUAUGCUACAUUCCAAUCCAAUGGACUAUGCCUGGGGUGCCAAUGGGCUCGAUGCUAUCAUUACGCAGUUAUUAAACCAGUUUGAAAACACGGGUCCCCCUCCUGCAGACAGAGAGAGGAUAAAGAAUUUACCCACGAUUUCCAUCACAGAGGAGCACGUCAGUGCUGGUUUAGAGUGUCCCGUGUGCAAAGAAGACUACAGUGUUGACGAGAGUGUAAGGCAGCUACCCUGCAAUCAUUUGUUUCACAAUGACUGUAUAGUACCGUGGCUGGAACAGCAUGAUACGUGUCCUGUGUGCAGGAAGAGUCUUAGUGGACAAAACACAGCCACAGACCCGCCGGGGUUAUCGAGAAUGAACUUCUCCCCCUCUUCCUCCUCCUCUUCCUCCCCAAGCUCACCUAGCAAUGAAAAUGCUGCCAGCAACUCCUAGAUUUUCACUGUUUCACAAGAGAAAACAUCACACCCUUCUUAGACCCAGCAGCUCCUCUCUGCAGCUGAAACCAGGACAUUUUUCUGUCUCAGGUGAACGGGACAGUGAGACGAGGUAAACUCAAAUUUUAGGAUUUUUUUUGUUUUGUUUUGUUGUUUUUCUCCCUCCUUCUGUGCUGAACAGAUAUUGGGACCAGCUCCCGCUGCUACUGUUACAGAAUGUUUGAGGAGGUGGGAGUCAGAAAAGAUGGAGAAUAUGAUGACGAUAAUAAUAACAGUCCAGUUAUGAGUGGGAUUCUUACAAGACUCGGAGCAGAAUUGAAGCCAGAUUGGACUGCUUUUUGAUGAAAACAUGUCCUUGCAGCAGUGCUUGGACACAUUUUAUAUUUAAAAGACAAGAUGCUCUUUUUUUU